AUGGACCCCAAUAGCCCCGGUUUGCACCUAUCUGAAAUGCUGCCAAGUCAGAAGACCGAUUCCGAUGCUGCAACAGAGACAAGAAGGCAUAGCAAUGAACUACAAAUGUAUGCAGCCUCAAUCCCGGCCACCAACAGCAUACGAGCAAUGGCCGAGGAGCGAUUGGAAACCAUAUUUAAUAGGGAAAUGCAACAUGAAAAACACAACGAACCUAACCCAUCAUGGAUGAUCCGGAGUUCGGGAGAGAAGAAGCCUGCUGAGAAGAAGCUGGCGGAGGAGAAGAAGAGCACCGUCGCCGAGAAAGCUCCGGCGGAGAAGAAACCGAAGGCUGGGAAGAAGCUGCCCAAGGAGGGCAGAGCAGCUGCCGGAGACAAGAAGAAGAAGAUGACGAAGAAGAGCGUUGAGACCUACAAGAUCUACAUCUUCAAGGUGUUGAAGCAGGUUCAUCCGGACAUCGGGAUCUCGAGCAAGGCCAUGGGGAUCAGAGACAGUUUGCCUGAAGUUUGUUGGAGGGAGAAAGAGACAGAACGAAGAGAUUUGACGAUAGAGAGAGAGACAGAUCGAAGAGUAAACAAAUCGGAGACAGAUCGAAGAGUAAACAAAUCGGAGACAGAUCGAAGAGUAAACAAAUCGGAGACAGAUCGAAGAGUAAACAAAUCGGAGACAGAUCGAAGAGUAAACAAAUCGGAGACAGAUCGAAGAGUAAACAAAUCGGAGACAGAUCGAAGAGUAAACAAAUCGGAGACAGAUCGAAGAGUAAACAAAUCGGAGACAGAUCGAAGAGUAAACAAAUCGGAGACAGAUCGAAGAGUAAACAAAUCGGAGACAGAUCGAAGAGUAAACAAAUCGGAGACAGAUCGAAGAGUAAACAAAUCGGAGACAGAUCGAAGAGUAAACAAAUCGGAGACAGAUCGAAGAGUAAACAAAUCGGAGACAGAUCGAAGAGUAAACAAAUCGGAGACAGAUCGAAGAGUAAACAAAUCGGAGACAGAUCGAAGAGUAAACAAAUCGGAGACAGAUCGAAGAGUAAACAAAUCGGAGACAGAUCGAAGAGUAAACAAAUCGGAGACAGAUCGAAGAGUAAACAAAUCGGAGACAGAUCGAAGAGUAAACAAAUCGGAGACAGAUCGAAGAGUAAACAAAUCGGAGACAGAUCGAAGAGUAAACAAAUCGGAGACAGAUCGAAGAGUAAACAAAUCGGAGACAGAUCGAAGAGUAAACAAAUCGGAGACAGAUCGAAGAGUAAACAAAUCGGAGACAGAUCGAAGAGUAAACAAAUCGGAGACAGAUCGAAGAGUAAACAAAUCGGAGACAGAUCGAAGAGUAAACAAAUCGGAGACAGAUCGAAGAGUAAACAAAUCGGAGACAGAUCGAAGAGUAAACAAAUCGGAGACAGAUCGAAGAGUAAACAAAUCGGAGACAGAUCGAAGAGUAAACAAAUCGGAGACAGAUCGAAGAGUAAACAAAUCGGAGACAGAUCGAAGAGUAAACAAAUCGGAGACAGAUCAGAGAGUAUACUGUUGUUAA